GAAAGAAUCGGAAGUCAGAAACCUGCUGUGUAAUCGUACCGUUUUUAGCUGCUGAAGAAGCAGCUUCUUUUUCUAGGAGACACUUUAAUCUCACAUUUAACAUGCCGGACUACUUGGGAGACUCUCAAAGAAAGACCAAGGAACCUGAGAAAGAUGACGCACCUAUCAGAUCUUUGGAUGAAGGAGACAUUGCUCUGCUGAAAACAUAUGGACAAAGCACCUACUCCAGACAGAUCAAACAAGUUGAAGAUGACAUCCAGCAGCUGCUCAAGAAGAUCAACGAGCUCACAGGCAUCAAGGAGUCGGACACAGGCCUGGCUCCUCCUGCACUCUGGGAUCUGGCUGCAGACAAACAGACUCUGCAGAGCGAACAGCCGCUGCAGGUUGCGAGAUGCACCAAGAUCAUCAACGCCGACUCCGAGGACCCCAAAUACAUCAUCAACGUCAAACAGUUCGCCAAGUUUGUGGUCGACCUGAGCGACCAGGUGGCUCCCACUGACAUUGAGGAGGGCAUGAGAGUGGGUGUUGACAGAAACAAGUACCAGAUCCACAUCCCUCUGCCUCCUAAGAUCGACCCGACUGUCACCAUGAUGCAGGUGGAGGAGAAGCCCGAUGUGACCUACAGUGAUGUCGGUGGGUGUAAGGAGCAGAUUGAGAAGCUGAGAGAAGUGGUGGAGACCCCCCUGCUGCAUCCCGAGAGGUUUGUCAAUCUGGGUAUCGAGCCCCCGAAAGGUGUGCUUCUGUUCGGGCCCCCCGGCACCGGAAAGACUCUUUGUGCCCGAGCCGUGGCCAACCGGACCGACGCCUGCUUCAUCAGAGUCAUCGGCUCCGAGCUGGUGCAGAAGUAUGUGGGAGAGGGAGCCAGGAUGGUGCGUGAACUGUUCGAGAUGGCCCGGACUAAGAAGGCCUGUCUAAUCUUCUUUGAUGAAAUUGACGCCAUUGGAGGCGCUCGUUUUGACGACGGCGCCGGAGGAGACAACGAGGUCCAGAGGACGAUGCUGGAGCUCAUCAACCAGCUGGACGGCUUCGACCCGCGAGGAAACAUCAAGGUUCUGAUGGCCACCAACAGGCCGGACACCCUGGACCCGGCGCUGAUGAGACCCGGACGUCUGGACCGGAAGAUCGAGUUCAGCCUGCCGGACCUGGAGGUGAGUGCAGGCUGAACAGAUACACGCCCAUAAAUCUGUAUGACGUGAUUAGUCCCAGUUUCAUUAAUAAACCCC